AUGCUAAUGGUGCCUUGCUUGAUUUGUGAUCAUCAGUUGCAUGCACGGUAUGUCCGUCACCACAGGGUUUGGCACCGCACCCUCAGCACAUUACAAUAUCACGUGGGCAAAUCGCCAGGUAGCUUGCUGGCCCUCCGAAUCCGACGGCGGGUCAUCAUCUCCAAGAAGGCAAAAUCCAAGAGAUGGAGCUCAUUGAAGCUGGAAAAAAUCGACUACGCAUAUGAGAUGGUGAAGUCGCAUCGGAUGUCAACUUGGCCGUUUCUUACUGAGAAAUCCAUCCUGUGCACCAAGGAGCCGCCGUUGUCCCUCAGGAUGCCGAGGAAAAACUGCAUCAAAGCCUUCGGCGUCUGUCAGGACAUGAAUGCUCCUUGGAAAUCUCAGAUGGAGGACAUCUAUGUCUUCAUGGAUUGUUAUGGCGGUCGGAGCAACUCGUGGUUUAUUGGACUCUUCGAUGGCUUUCAUGGUAGCUCUGCAGCUCAGUUCACGUCCAAAGACUUGCCCCUCCUGAUCCUGCAGCAGUUGGCCUUGGCCGGGCAUCCCUACAAACUGUCUGAGGAGGAACAUACUUAUCUCUCUCAGUAUAAUGUGCUUUUCCCCCGAGGUACUGCUGAGAAAUCACUCAUCAAACCUACUCAUGCAGCAGCAACUGCAAGGAAGGGCUCCAAAGACCAUCUUUAUGGAUCUGUCCACAUGGCUUUCGCCAAAGCUUUCUGGAAAAUGGACAGAAUAUUGAGGCUGGGGCGAAAUGAAAGAUCUAAAGUCCGGUGGAGCGGUUGUACAGCCACCACCUGUCUGCUGGAACCUUCGGUAUCCCAAAUCUCAAGUACAACUGGGGUGAACAAGGAUAGCGUUGGCGCUCAGUCAGAAAACAGUUCGUGUGAAAAUGGAACACUACACAUAGCUAAUGCAGGUGAUGUACAAGCCGUGUUGUGUAAAAACGGAAAAAGUUACCGUUUAAGUGGAAACCACAGCACCUCAAACAGUAAAGAACGUAAGCGUAUUCUUCACACCGGUGGAACAAUCAGUAAAAAUCAACAACAUGGGCUUGUAGAAGGAAUCACUCAGUCAACACGAGGACUUGGAUACCAUGGAGAUCCCAAACUUAAAACAUCUAUUGUACCAAUACCACUUACUGCCUCUAUUCCUAUAGACUCCUCAUGCCAGUUUAUUGUCCUAGCUUCAAGUGGAUUUUGGGAAGUACUUAAUAGACAUGAAGUAGUUUCAAUUACAUUGCAAAUGCUUUCAUUUUAUUUUGGAUCUUUCCACAAAAAUGUUAAAGAGAUUCAUACCUUACAUGUCAUGGAUCACAGUAAGCAGCACAUUGAUUUAGGGUCCUCCAUAGUACAUUUGCUUGAUGAGUUUUCUGAGCAGGGGUAUAAUGAUGCUGUGAUAUCCACUGAGCAUUUAUUUGAGGAGCUUUUUGGAAAGAAAUAUGCUAUUAAAAGGGAUCAUGUUGAACGUUUACUCAUGCAAUACUCACUCAAGGAUGUCAAUAGUACAUUUAAACAUGAUUUAGAUAAUUUAUUGGAGAACAUUAUAAAGAAGGAAGAAUCCAAGUCCGUAACUGCACACGUGACUGAUGAGUUUCCAUUAAUGGCAGAACAUAGUGGCAAUAUAUCCGUGGAAGAUUUACUUCACAAUUCUUCAAGUAAAGAACUUGGAACAAUGGUGUCAAAUUUUCAGAAGAAACCUCCAUCAGAAAUGGAAGUCAAGGACAGAGUUACCAUAGAAAAGUCUACUGGGGAAAAGUCAGAGGUGGAAUAUAUUGUUGACAGAACAUCAGUUGCUCACUUUGCUGAGGAUCUUAAAGCCACUGAAGAAGUAAAUGAUCAUUAUAACCAAGAGAAUAUUACCAAUGAAACAAAGCCAAACACAGGCUCUUUGAGUUCCAUUCAAAUUGAAAUAGCUUUGCCAGAAACUGAAACAAUCGAGAGACCAUACGAUGAAGCUUAUACUAUGAAUCAGAAUUCUGAAGCAACGAGUCAGGAAACAGCCAAAGGAACAGAAUUUUUUCAGUAUGAAACUAUAGCAAAAACGAUCAGCGAAAGAUUAGUCGAAAUUGCUAAACUAGCAGGAGCUUGUGAUAACCUAACAGUUAUGAUAUUGUUGCUUCCAGGAUGUACAAAGACAUUUUCUUUGGUAGAAGAGCAACAAUAAUGCAAUCUUAAACAAUGUAGAAAUAGUAUUUUUAGCAACAUUUAUUCUAACUUAUUGUAAAGCUCCCCACAAACUGGCUAGGCAGCCACUGUACUCAAAAAUUCAUUUUGUUCCAUCUACUAUGAAAUUCAUUCAUAAUACAUCGAACCCAUCAAUGGCUAAGUAGGUAAAUAGAUUACCACUAUUUCUGGCAAAAUUAGUUUGAGCAAAUCCUCCCUUAGCCGUGCUUGGUGGCCACAAAGAUGUGGGUAUCUGGAACUAAUUUAACACAUUCUUUAUCAACUAUCCUUCAUUUACGGUGUUCUGUUUAAGAAAUCACUGUGCUUUCAUCUGGAAAUAUUGCUGUAACUAAUCUUGAGUACUAUAGCUGUUUUAAUGGAGACUUUAAAUGGACUUUGUGUGUUGCUUCCUUAAUGCUUAAAUAAAACUUAUUUGAGUAGAAUUGCAUAUUUUGCUGUAAAACUCAUUUUCAUUCUAUUCCACCUCUAAGUCAUUUCCUGAUCAUGUAGUGUCCUUCGUAAUGAUGCUUGCCUAAAGAUACAGCAUAAUCAGUCUUUUAUAAUCUGAUAGAAAGUAAACUCUCUUUGGUUGCUGCACAACCUGCAGAAUAUUUCCAACAUAGUCUAUUUUCAUUUCUGAGUUAGCUUUUAGUAGUAUAAAGAAUUCACCCAGGUUAGAUUUGCAAGACCUCUGCUUUUAACAAGGGCUCCAAAAGAAUGUUAUUAGGCCAGAAAAACUGACAUCCAGGCAGGUGGGUGACAGGAAAAACUAGCCAGGGAGGGCACACAAUCAAGUACAGAUCAGAGGCUUAAGCUCUCAGGGAGUUGUGGGUGGGCUUGGCCUUUCCCACACCUCUGCCCUGGGAGCUGCACUUCCCCUGGCCCACAUAGGGUACGUGUUUAGAAUUACCAUAAGUCCAUAGAAGCAGAAUUAGGCUAUUUGGCUCUUCAAGUCUGCUCCGCCAUUUCAUCAUGGCUGGUCCAAUUCUCCUCUCAGCCCCAAUCUCCUGCCUUCUUCCAUAUCCCUUCAUGCCCUGAUUAAUCAAGAAUCUAUCAACCUCUGCAUUAAAGUUACAUAAAGACUUGGCUUCCACAGCUGCCUGUGGCAAAGAAUUCCACAGAUUCACCACUCUUCAUCUCCAUUCUGGAAAGGACACCCCUCUAUUCUGAGGCUGUGUCCUCUGGUCUAAGACACUCCCACACAAUAGGAAGCAUCCUCUCCACAUCUACUGUAUUGAGGGCUUUCACCAUUCAAUAGGUAUUAAUGAGGUCAUCUCUCAUUCUUCUGAAUUCCAGUGAAUACAGACCCAAACCCUCUCCAGUUUCAGCACAUCCUUUCUAUCCUUUUGUAAUUAGAAAUCUCCUACCUUUGAUGAACAAUUUAGAUCUAGGUAACUUUUCAUUUGCAGUACCUUUUAAGCUCUGACUUUCCAAGAACCUAACAGUAGCCAGAUUUCUGUAUUUUAAAAUGAUAGAAAUACUUGCUCAGUCUUGCUACAUCAACACUGACAAUCCUAUCCUAUUUGUUGAGAGUGGAUAUGAAGGAGUUCAAAUCAAAGGGACAAUCUCUCGCUCAGAUGGCCCACAAUGACUGCUUGAAUGAAUUACCAGAGACAUUGGGGCACUUCUGUGGAUUAUUAGAAGUAAAAAUAUAGUGAAUAAGUGUAUUGUCCAGAAGAUGUAACAUAAUUUACAAAUAGUUAAUUUAAAUAAUUCAUAAAUUGCUUCAAAUGUUUAAGAUCUGAAUUUUCUAUAAAUUGGACUAGUUGAUGGAUAGGUUUUUUCUUGCAUGAAUAAUAACUUCUAAAAUAGUUAAUUUCCUUCAGAUAAGUCAUUAAAAAGUUGCAUUUACAUUGACCCAAGGCUUUGAAAAUGCACAUUUUCAACAAGGUACAUUGAGGUUAGUACAAUAAAGCUAUAAUCUCCUAUUAUAGGUUAGAACUCCUAAUGGUUUGAGCAUGGGUCCCAUGCUUCCUUUAAUCUCAACCGGGCCUAACUUUCUACAUUUAUUUUAAACUGACUGGCUCUCCAUUCUCAUAAUCCUUCCAAAUUUAUUGGGGCCUUGCUUCCCACCUAAUCUUUAAACUUGUGUUGUGUUACCAUGCAAAUAGUAUAAAGGUUAAUUCAAAGUAUGUCAUUAUAAUAAUGAAUAUUCAACAAUCAGGAAAACCUUCCAGUUCAACAAUAUUCAAAGGGUGCUUGAUUAUUGGAGUUUUACAGUAAUGUAGAAUUGAGCAGCCAAUGUGUGCACAGCAAGUUCUACAAACACCAGUGAUAUUAUUGACCACAGAUAACUCACCUGAUUAGAACAAUGUCAUGAGAUCUAUUGUCUACUACCAGGUAUUAUUUUGCAUUUAAUAUGAAAGACAGUAUCCUUGGAUCCACCAUUAUCAGAGUAUCCUUAAGGAACCACGUGGCUUACUUUUGCCGUUUCUCACAUUCAAUACUAGCAGAAUAAAGUUAUUAUCAUGUCUGUGACUGAAAAUUGUUGAAUUAUUGCACCUGCACUUAUAAUCACGGUUAAAUAAUUGUUCAAGGAAUAUUUAAGAGUUGGAGGGAAUGAUAGCAUACCUAAUUUUGCUGUAACAUUUUACAAAUCCAAUUGGCAUUGAUGCAGCUGUUUCCUAACUAAAUAUCAGUAACAUAAUGACUGACCAAUAAAAACUACCCUCCUCUUCCCUAUCCCACACAAGUUAUGAUGUAUUUCAACUAUACAUCACUGGAUAUUUAGUGCAGUGCUCUUUGUGUGCUCUUAAACAAUAAUGUUUAUAACAAGGCCAGAAAAUUGGUUGAUUCUAAUUCAAGAAAGUAUCCAAUGUUAUUUCCUUGGGUCAAAAGACCCUAAACUGCUGGGAUUUAGAGUGGAAUAUUUAUGGUACAGGGAUGGGCCUAUAACUUCAUGACUAAUGAAGCAUUUCACAUUA